GGUACCUGAUACCGGGACUCAAAGCGCUGUAAAUGGUGUUGCUCAAGGAUAUAUAAGAGCGAGGGAAAGCGGCUAGUGGCAUUCACUCAAGUCCUCCUUGGUUUUCACUCGCCUCAACGCAGUGCAAAGAAUAAAAAAUGGCCUUCGCUGGACUCAACGAAGCUGAGGUGAAAGCUGCCCUGGACGGCUGCGCAGCUGCCGAUUCCUUUGACUACAAGAAGUUCUUCAAGGCAUGCGGUCUGGCCAGCAAGUCCGCCGAUGAUGUGAAGAAGGCCUUCGCAAUCAUUGACCAGGACAACAGUGGCUUCAUUGAGGAGGAGGAGCUGAAGCUUUUCCUGCAGAACUUCUCUGCCAGUGCCAGAGCACUCACCGACAAGGAGACCAAGGCUUUCCUGGCCGCUGGUGACAGCGAUGGUGAUGGCAAGAUUGGAGUUGACGAGUUUGCUGCCCUUGUCAAGGCAUAAAUUCCCAACUGACCAAGCUCAUCUUUUGUGGAACUGCAAACUCCCUGCAAGUUUUCAGUAACCAUCAGCUGAAAGAAUAUUUUUUAUACCUUAUUUAUGAGUUGCCUGCGGACUAUUUCUCAACAUGGCGCACAUCUUUUUUACUGCUAACGGUAUUCAAAUGUGUUAAAUGUUCUGAAACUUGUGCAAAAUGUACUACACCACCAUGCACU